AUUUAUUCUCUCGCUCCCACUCGCGAUCGCUCGCUAGGGCUAGCUAGAAUGUGCGCGCUUCUUCUCCGCUCCGGCGCUCGCCCGAUCGCGCCGCUCGCCAAUACGGAAUCCAGGAAGCGCAGGUGCGCAAGAUCCAGGUGCUCGGCGCGGCUCUCGGUGGAGAUGCCUGGCAGGAAUCUAGAGAGUCCUGUCCUUGCCGCGGCGCCGGUGAUGGUGAACGAUUGCACAGGCAAGGUCGGGCAGGCUGUGGCGGAGGCCGCUGUGGCGGCUGGGCUGAGAUUGGUGCCCCUGAGCUUGACAGGGCCGGGGAGAGGAGGCAAGAGAGUCGUGAUUGGGAAUGUGGAGGUGGACGUCCGGGAAGUGUCCGAGAGAGAGGAUGUUGUCAAGGAGGUGAUCACGGAGUAUCCCAAUGUCAUCGUUGUCGAUUACACUCUUCCUGCCGCUGUAAAUGACAAUGCGGAGUUUUACUGCAAGCACGGGCUCCCUUUUGUGAUGGGAACAACGGGGGGCGAUCGCGAGAAGCUCUUGGAUGUAGCAAGAAAAUCGGGAAUUUACUCUAUCAUUGCGCCACAGAUGGGGAAACAGGUCGUCGCUUUCGUAGCAGCAAUGGAGAUUAUGGCUAAGCAAUUCCCUGGAGCUUUCUCAGGAUAUACUCUCCAGGUGACUGAGUCCCAUCAAUCUACCAAAGCUGAUGUUUCGGGCACUGCUUUAGCAGUCAUUUCCAGUCUUCGCAAGCUGGGGCUAGACUUUAAGGACGAGCAGGUUGGAAGAAUUAUUCGUACGAGUUUAUAUUGUACAUUGCAUUCCUUGAUGAUUUUCCAGGUGGAGCUCGUGAGGGAUCCGAAGGAGCAAAUGACGAGAAUGGGAGUACCGGAACAGUAUCUUAAUGGCCAUGCAUUUCACACCUACAAAAUUAUGUCACCAGAUGGCACUGUUUUCUUUGAAUUCAAGCACAAUGUUUGUGGCCGAAGUAUCUACGCUCAGGGAACAGUUGAUGCCGUCUUGUUCCUAUCUAAGAAGAUCCAAGAGAAGUCAGAGAAGCGGCUGUACAACAUGAUCGACGUCCUAGAGGGCGGAAGGAUGAGAUGAUCUUCACUCGGAGUCUUCCGCGAGCACAUCCCCCGGGAGCUGCAUUUUCAAGAUGUCUGUCCGGUUCAAGACUUGC